GGCACACGCGCACUCUGUCUCCUGUGUUACUGUCCUCUUUUGUUUUCUGUCCGCCCUGUCCCUCUGACCCCGCGCCCAGCGCCCUCUGCGCUCUGUCCGCUGUCACUUUUGUUUCAGGCCUCCCAUAAAAACACUGGAAAAUGGCGGUGUAACGGCAGGUUCGGCAGCGGCAACAUUCUGGCAGUGCAUCGGCAAAGGGCGCUGGCAUUUUUUGGCAAUAUGGCGUUGUUGUGGGCUUCCCCCCAGUGCUUUGCUGCUUGGGACAGCAGUGUGUCACUUACCUCACCUGAGUCAAAUCUUGUGUUAUCACUAAGUCCUUCACUGAAGCGGAGCAGCCAUGAUGCUUUCAGAGCUGGACCUGGAGGACGUGGAGGCCCUGCACUCAGGGUCCUUGUUUCUGACGGCUGACACUUUGGGGCCCCUUCUGGACCAUUGUGGUGAAGCUCUGUUUGGCCUGUCUUCUCUGGAGGAGCCCCUCUCACCCACCUCUCCUGUGCACUCUCAUCAUGCACCUCUCCCUGAAGCCAAAGCCUCAGACAUGAUGCUGCCAUGGCUUGGAGCCAGUGACCUGCUGGACAUGGAGUGUCCUCAGGAGGAAGACGAUGCUUUGCUGGCUAUGGAGUGGGUGUCUGAGAAGCUGGAGCUGGGUGAGCUCGACCUAGACUCUCUGCUGGACUCGUCUGACGACUGUACUGACUCUCCUGAUCCUGUGCCGGCCCCCUGCCCUCAGCCUGCUUUCACCCCCAAAUUGACGCCUGAGAGCCAAGAGGGUUCAGUGAAGAGCGAGCCCCUAAGCCCAGAGCUGGGCAGUGAGGUGGACCUGGCAGAGGUGCCCAGUCGCUCUCACAGUGACAGUGACAGCGACUCGGGCAUUGAAUCGUCCCCUCCUCACACCCCCCAGAGCUGCAGGAGCAAACCCUACAGUCGCCCACAGUCCGACACAAAGCCUUCGCGCCCGCUCAAGCCCGUCAAGACCGUGGAGAAGAAGCUCAAGAAGAUGGAGCAGAACAAGACGGCGGCCACACGUUACCGCCAGAAGAAGAGAGUGGAGCAGGAGGAGCUGAAUGCAGAGCGCCUCCUCCUGGAGCAGAAGAACCAGGAGCUGUCAGAAAAAGCCCAGGCCCUCAGCAAGGAGAUUCAAUACCUUAAAGACCUGAUGGAGGAGGUACGGCGCCACCACCAGAGCAAGACCAGAACAACGGCCAAGUGAGACGCAUUGUCCAGAUGGGCCCGAGCCCCACGUGUGUACAUAGACCUGUGCUGGUGCUUUUCUUUACUGGAUGUUAGUUCAAUGCUACUUUAGCUUGUAUAAACGCUUUGCUCUUCUGAUUCAAUAAAUGUUUAUUCUCCUGUUGAA